AUGUCCGCGCCGGGACACUUUAUUGCUCUCUUCCACUCGUCCCAAAUGCCAGGCGAAAUUUUCAAUCCAAAUCCCGUCGUCUUUUCGACUUCAAAGUCGGCAGCCAGGCAGUCGGAUCUAUUAGCCCAUUCGCUCUGGGUAACCGAUUCCUCUCAGUCCGAGGAUGAAGCGGAUGAUGUCGAGCCAAUUGAUCAGGAUGAGAUCUAUGAUCUGAUUCGCUCUAUCUACGACCCCGAGCAUCCAAAUACCUUGGAGGAACUUCGCGUUGUAUCAGCGCCCCAAGUAACCGUAGGACCCAAUUCCGUCAAGGUUGAGUUUACACCGACGGUACCGCAUUGUGGGAUGUCUACUCUGAUUGGUCUCUGUAUUCGGGUUCGCCUUUUGAGAAGCCUGCCCGAACGUUUCAAAGUAGAUAUUUUCGUGAAACCCGGGUCACAUCAAAGCGAAAACGCAGUCAACAAACAACUUAACGACAAGGAAAGAGUCGCCGCAGCCCUUGAGAAUCCGGUUCUCCUCGAUACUGUCGAACAAUGUCUGUCCAAUGUCGGCGCUCGGGGAAUCGUUUAA